UGCCUAUCUGGGGCCGGAGCCCCUCCCCUCGGGCCGCCGGAGACCGUGACACAGGUGCCGCUUCCUCCCGGCUGCUGAGGGUCAGAAGCAGGCCCGCGCGCCCCUCGCCACCGCUCGGCUUCUCCGUGCCCCUGGCCCGACCCGCGCCCCGCACCCGCUGGCGAUGAGCAGUCUCAACAGCACGUUGCCGCCCGACCAAGAAAUGGUCGACUCUGACCACAUUUUCAUGACGUUGGGUGUGAACAUCGCCAUCAUUGCAGGCGUAAUUGCAGCGAUAGCCAUCAUCCUGAUCUGCCUGCUUGUCAUCACUCUACGCUACUUGUACGGGCACAAGGGCACCUACCACACCAAUGAGGCCAAGGGCACGGAGUUUGCCGAAAGUGCAGACGCAGCCCUGCAGGAUGACCUCUCCCUCCAGGACACAGGUGGGGACAGCAGCAGAAAGGAGUACUUUAUCUGAGGGGCACCGGGUCCCCUCUCCCCCAAUGCCUUCUUCACGAGAAAAGAUACACCCCACAGCCCCACCCUGCUACCUGGACCACCAGGCAGACCAUGAGAGCACCCAUCUCAUCCCAAGAUAUGCACCUGACCUGAGAACUCUGGGUGCCAGCCUGGGGACAGGAAAGAAAGAAGGAGGAACUGAGCCAGGAGAGGCCUGUCCCAGGCACCCAGGGAUGCAGUGGUCACCCAGGAGGCCCACCUUUGCCAGAGGGAGAAAAUCUGGGUCCUCCUGGGCAAUGUAGUUUGUCAUCAGCAUGGUGUGAAAGUCCUUGCUGGGUGGGUGGGCCUGAGGGCUGGGGAAGCAAGGAAGUGAGUCAUCUGUAAGCUGACUGGGGAUAAUGGCAUCAAAUGUCAGUCCUUGACAUUUGGGGGGAACAGCAGGUGCCAGCGCUAAAAGGCACCUUUGUCUCCCAUCGAUCCAGUUCUAAAUGAUUGGAAAUAAAUUUGAAAUGUAACCAAGCA